AUGCGUUGCGAAGGGAAGGCUCCGUGCCUGCGGUGCCAGACCGCCGGGACUGCAUGCGUCUUCGAUGUCGUUGGUCCCAAAAAACCACCCCUCGACAAGAGUGCCGAGCAGAAGAGGAUUCAAGAAUUGGAAGCCGAAAUUCUGAGACUCCGCAGACAGAGUGCCCCAGAGACAUCUGGCCCUGGAGCUCCGACGGAGCCGCCUUCAAGCGAACAAGUGCAAACGCCCAUAAACAACCAGGCCGCCAGCGAUCCGCCCACAAGUGGCUCUGCGGCCGUGGGAAAGCCCCAGAAUCCCUAUGCACUGGCGCCGCAUGAUCUGGAUGCCCCGGUGACCGCCAUUCAUGCCAUGACUCCAGAAACCCCUCGGCCUUCCGGCGGCCGAAGCUGGGACCCGGAGCAAACGACCUUGCUUCCAUCUAUCGCGCAGCCCCGCGACUUUGUGUCUGAGGGAGAGUUAGAUGAGUCUUUGGCUCGGGAGUUGUUCAACAGUUUCAUGACCGGAAGUAAUACCUUUCUGCCGAUGUUGGAUCCCGUGCUAGAUACCUUUGAUUCUCUGCGCGUUCGCUCGCCAUUCUGCUUCGCCGUUGUUCUGGCCACCGCAGCUCGGGUCAAGGAGGCGGCGAACAUCACAGACCACGUGAGACAGGUCACCCAGAAUGAGGCUCGUCGUCUGGCCGCUGAAACCUUGUUCAUUGGUGUGCCCUUUCUGGAAGAUGUCCAAGCCAUGACCCUGAUCGCAGCCUUUUCGGAACGCACGUGGUUUACCAUUGGCCAUGCGAUACAAAUGGCCCUCGUUUUGGAGCUCCAAACUGCCCUGCAGCAGCUCUUACGUAGUCCCCGUUCCCAUUCCUCCGACACCCAGAAGACGGAGAGGUUGCUCGCACGCCAAGCAAGGACAUGGUUGAUGGCGUCGUUCAUUGAAUGGGAGAUUGCCGCUGGCACGGCGCGCCGUCCACGAACCGAGCCAAUUGAUGUUGAGACUCUGCGGGCAUUUGCAACUCAUCCAGCUGCCAAUGCAUCAGAUUCCCGAAUUGUGUCUCUUGUGGAGCUGGUUAUCCUGCGAGCCCAAAUGCAAAAGGAAAUCGAGGAUUCCGAGAAAUCCUUAUCCGCUGUGAUGACCAAGAUCCGUUCGACCUGCCAUCAAUUCGAUUCAUGGUGUUCAUUUUGGGACAAGAAUUUUGCAGAUGUUGGCUAUCCUCAACCGUCUUUCCAACGCACAAGCCUGUACAUGUCAAGAGAAUAUGCGAAAACAUUUACUUGCUGUGCUGCCUUGCGAAAGAUUCAGCCGACUUCAUCUCCUGAGAGUUCGGCCACAUUGGGUGAAACCAAUCUGGACUCUGUCGCUUCUGAGAUACUCUCUUACGUGAUGGGUGUUAUGUUCAGCCAGCUGUCAUUCUUUGUACAAAGCCCGGCAUACAAAUGGCACCUGAAAUGGGCCCCGACGUACACUGCGUUAACCCUCGCUUUUACUUGUGUCCUUGCAUUGAAAAUGUCAAAACUCAGGCCCGAACUUAUUGAGAAAUCUCGCUUGGAGCCCUUGGCUAAGGAGGUUGCAAACUCCCUGCAGACACACCCUCAUCAGAACUUCCAUCAUGUGAUCCGCUUGUUGAUGGCAGUCCCUCAGAGUAGCCAUUCCGUGCCACCCAACAACCAGAUGAGAAGCUCAGAGAAAGCCACAGGAAUAGAGGUGCAUUCGGCAUAUCAUGACGGGCGUGUCCCUCAAUUCUUUACCCGACCUUCUCAUGGUGACCAAGGAUCCCAACCCGCCCAAAAGCCGGCUGGCUACGAUAACAUAUAUUCUCAGACCGGCGGCGACCACAUACGCCUCGAUACUCAUACCAGCCAGGAUUCAACCGCCAACAACCAUCUCGACUGGCUAGGUAACUGGAGCAAUCUUGACUCGAGCUGGCUGUUGGACGGUACCUCAAUUGGAUCUUUCGGCCUGCCGAACAAUGGCAAUGCCAGUGUCUUUGAUUUUGACCUUCCCAUGGGAUUCCAGGAAUAUCGAUAUGAGUGA